AUGACUCCUUCGCUCGUUGCGACAACCUUCGUGACCACUACUCAGAUUGUCCUAAAAGGGGGGAUCGGCAGAUCCCUGAUACGGGACAGCGAGGGAGAAGACGACAUGCUUGCCAAUCGCUCUUGUCAGAAACGAGGAAUCGAAUGCAACAACGAGCGAAAAAAGCAAGUCUUGAACCGAGGGACUGAUUCAGACGCUUUGACAGAGAAGCGCGAAGACUACGAACAAUCGUCAGAUCGUGGAUCGAUCAAAUUUCUUCUCAAUGGCGGUACCGAUAGUUUCACGCAGCAAUUCCUCCUUCCUCCGCGCAGCGAUCGAACACGCAGCCUCGAAUAUCACAACAAGAAAAGUCUCGAAGAAGCGGGGAGUUCCAUUCUCGGUUAUGAGUUGAAAGAUGACCAGACAGAUUAUGCACCGACAUUCAUCGAGUCCGACGCUGCUACCCUGUCCUUUUUCCAAGACACUUUCAUUGACUUCUUCAACGGCCCCUUUGGCGAUCCUCACAAGCUACUGGACGACUCGUACGCGGGGCAGGUUGCUUACCAUGCUGUCGUCCCGCCCGGACAGGAUCCCAACCUGACACUAGCAGGGCAAGUGAGCUACGAACCUGAACGGCCCUUCGCCACCGGAAUGAUACAAUCUAUCCUCGCGAGGGCCUGGUCCGUGCCCCUUGACGCAAAGGCUCAACAGGAGUUGUCGACAAAUCUUAAUUUCCUUCUGACGACAAGCCGUAUUCGCAAAUUUGUGGCAAUGUACUUUAAGUACUGGCAACCGAGCUGUGCGAUGCUUCAUCGCACGUCGUUCGAUCCUGAAGUUGUGUCAUUACCGCUACUGACGGCUGUCACUUUCAUGGGCGCCAUGUACUCCAAUGACGAGAGGGAAGCAUAUAUUGCGAAGCGAGUGCUGGAUUUCGCCGAGCUCUUCAUUUUCUCCAGCGAGGUUUAUGCGUCCGAGAUCGAGAUCAGCUCGAUGUUUUGUGGGAAUCGAUGUCUGGACGACGAGCCCAACGACUGGGUUCAAUUCCAGAACUUCCAAGCCGGGUUCAUUAUUGUCGUUGUGCAAUACUGGGCUGGAAGUCGUGUAUCACGCAAUCGAGUAAUGGAGAACAGAUUCAGCGAAGUCGUCAAGGUCGCUCGUCGAAUCGGACUCAUGAAAUGCCGUCAUAUGCCCCAUGAUCGGACGGACGAGUACUCGUGGAUCCAGAAGGAAUGCCGUAUUCGCACCAUGAACAUCAUAUCACUCCUCGACUGUGCUUUCUCGUUUUAUUCAAACUACCCCUGCCGUAUAUCCCACACAGAAGUAGAAUGGGACUUUCCGUGCCAAGAGGCAGUCUUCGACUCGCAGCAUCCCUUUGUGGAGCCGAAUUUCCGAUUCUCGCGGGAUAUUCCCAUAUGCAAAGCCUUUGAGAAUUUGUUCGACAACACGGCCAACGAGGAUGGUUCACAAGUCCAUGUUCCAGAUCAUAUUGCGGAUAUGACCGUCCUCGAUAUGUUUAUUCUCAUUCAUUUGCUGUAUGCCUUCAUAAAUACACACAUGACCCUCCUGGCUCCCUUGGUACGCAAAGCACAACUGCCCAAUUCAAAAAUACCACACGGGCCUUCGACGCCCACAAAAACCCCUGGAGAUGCCAUUCCGGAAGACUUCACAUUAGCCGCUAUCCGAACAGCACUGUCACGAUGGCGCGAUCAUUGGUUGGCGCUGCGAAAUACAGUCUCCAGCCACGAGUGGGCGUCCAUGGGCUUCUACAAGAACGGCUACAACUUCUGGCUUGUGUCACAGCUCCUCAUCACGAAGAAAAAGAGUGUCGAUGUGGUGAUGCAGAUGGAGGUGAAGUGCGAGGAUAAGCUGGAGAAGCUCAAGGUGCUGCUCCAGGAUGAGAGCGACUGA